AAGGAACCUUUUUCUGUUGAAGACAGUCUGGGUAAAGAGGAAGAAGGCGGCUCUAGUUGAUGUUUUCUGCUGCAGUAAAACACAGUCAGGUCAGAUCACUGACAGGAAGAAUGGAGGGAACAUCUCCACACCGUCUGAUCUUUCUGACCUUCCUGCUCUGCUGCUCAACAGAUCAAGUCCUUCCAGCUCGUCUGACUGUGAGUCCCAGCAGAUCUCAGUUCUUCAGAGGAGAGUCUGUGUCUCUGAGCUGUGAGGAGAACAGCAGCUCUGCUGGAUGGACUGUAUGGAGGAACACAACCAGAGGAACCAGGACUCAGUGUGGAGAUGGAUGGGGGAGACCAGCUGGUUCUACCUGCAACAUCAGCUGGUUGUCCACAUCAGACAGUGGAGUUUACUGGUGUUGGUCGUCCAGAGAGGGAGCAGCCAGCAGCAGCAUCCAGCUCACUGUCACUGGUGGAUCAGUGAUCCUGCAGAGUCCUGUCCUCCCUGUGAUGGAGGGAGAUGACGUCACUCUGAGCUGUCUAACAAAGACCACUCCCUCCAACCUCCCAGCUGCUUUCUAUAAAGAUGGCUCCCUCAUCAGGACUGAGCCCAAAGGUCACAUGACCCUCCACCAUGUGACCAGCUCUGAUGAAGGCCUCUACAGGUGUAACAUCAGGGGUCAUGGAGAGUCUCCAUCCAGCUGGAUCUUUGUUGAAGAUGAUUCUUGUGGUUCUGCUGCUGGUUCUGCUGAGGAGACGAUGCUUUCAGAGGAAAUCUGAAGGAAAUCAGGAAGUUGGAAGGGAAAAUAUUACUUACAGUAAUAUCAACGUUUGAAAACAAUCUUCAACAGAAAAACAAAUCAAAUGAAGAGGUCUGACCAGGAACAGAUGUUCUCUUUUCUUCAGGGAGAUAAUCCAUGAAUCCAU